AUGAUACGCAUUUAUAACGAUGAUUUCGUACCGAAAUAUGUUAACGGUCAUUGGGGUUGGGAUCCGGAGAAGGAUUGCUUACAAUUUAAUUCGCGCACUGCCGAUACAAGAGAGGCGGGAAAUGAGAUUCUUCCGACUUGUGGUUUUAAAUAUCUUGCAAGCCUUAACCAAGUGGAAGAGUUAAUAUUCCGUCAGGAAUUUCAAAGAUCGCCCACCACAUACGAUGCCGAUGUCAUCUUAUUACACGAUAUUAGAAGCUUGGUUACAUAUUUGGCACCUCCUGAAAUAAUAACCCAAAACUUUUGCGAAUUUAUAAACACGAAAAUAGUGCAUCGAUUUUUGAAAGCUUUAAUUAUAUAUUUUGAUUAUUUUUUAAAACUGGUAGAGAUUAUCAUAAUAAGACGCGAUGAGAUAAGUGGCGAUAAGGCUCAAAUCCAAAGUAUAGAGAGCAAUGAACUGAAGCAAGUUUAUUCCGCUAAUUUGUCACAAUAUCGCUUAUUGUUGGCUCGAGAAUACAGCGACGUAGUUUUGGGUAUGGGCGAGGUAAAGAAAUUUCAUCAUCUUGCCCCUAUUGUUAACAUAUCAAGGUCCAUUAAGGAUAGAGCUUUUCAUGAAGCAUUUUUAGGCUAUUCAACUCAAGUUGUAUGGAUCGCACUGCAUCGAAGGGAUUUUCAUUUAAUUGAUAUGGAAAUGAAUCGUUUGUUUCGCUCCGAGCACUUUAGUUUGCCAACAAACGAUCGAUUCAAGUUUACUAAAGCCGAGGCUCGUAUGUUAUAUGGAAAGAAUUACAAAAGAUGCAAUUAUCGGUCUCAAAGUUCACCGUUGAUCCAGGAGUUGACCAACGUGGAAAAACAUAACCUACCAAUAUUGUGGAUAGGAAAGCGGAAAUAUCGCGGUAAUGACGUGAGAAUAUUAGAAAUUGAAUUGCAAUUUAUCGUUAAUGCCGCGCAAAUGUCUUUGGCUGAUAUCAGUUUGGGUAUAUUAGGGCAUCCAAAAUAUUUGUACAAUACUAUGCUGAAACUUGACUGGGAAGCUGUACGACGUCACAAUUUCUCGAAAUCGUACGAUCCUUAUCGAAUUGUAAAACAACCGUAUUUGAAUAUUCCUUCCCGGACUCAAGAAGAAUUAAGAAAAUUGUAUAAAACCUAUGGAUCGCGUUAUGAACUCGAAACCACAAUGGAGUAUUGGACACCUGCUAUGGUACGUAAAUGGUCGAAAGUCCAUAGCAUUGUGGAGUAUUUUAAGACCGAGGGCAUACUUACCGAUGUUUGGAUUAGAUGUACUCGCGAGGUUGAGGAUACUUCUUACUUAGGCGUAGAAGAGAUUAUGAAAACAUUCAAUGAACAGAAAGAGAAACUUAGGAAGAAGAAGCAUUAG